CCACACCUUUUUUGUCCCCUCUCCAGUCUCAUCAGGCUCAGCGCACUCGCUUGUAUCUGACCAGCCCUCGAACCGUGUCAGAUCCGCAAAGCGCGAGAAGCGUAUCACAGGACAUCGAUUGCAUCAUGGCUGACAGUGAGGAGAACGUCAACUUGAUAGACGAGACGCCCAUCUCGCCCAGUCGGUCUAGCCCCGCCCGGAAAAACUCUCUUGAGUUUCAUUUAAGCCACCGGCCAGGCCGUCAAGAACUAGUCGACAGAAACAUUCUCCCUGCUUCAACAGCCGCUCCGGGCCUUCAGGCGAACCAAAAACAACUUGAGAGGCACAUGCGGGCCGAUUCGUUGAACGAAAAGAUUGCACAUCGGCCUUCCCCGGAAGCGCUGAUCCGAGACGGCGUAUUGCAUGAAGACCCGCGCGCUCCCGACGAUAAAUACGCCGAGGCGAUUGAGGAGGAAUACGCAAAGCGAGAGGGCGGUGCCUGACCUAACUGCCUUUUCACCCGAUUAUUUGUUCCCCGGAAAUCGAACCCCGGAAUAAAUGCGGUCUCCCGAAUGGGGCGAGGCCAAGGGUCCUGCGUAGGUUCUGCGAGACGUAUAUCUCCAAAACCGGAGCUUCUCCUAUAGGUUUAUAUCCCGCGGUACAAGGCCGUUAGCUGUGGUGGCUUCUCUGAUGUCGGGCAACGUGUACACUCUAGCCAUUUGGAAGGCAGGAGUAUGACGUUGGGGUAGCGGAUAUACAGUUAAGGUCUUAUUGCACUGAAAAGGACUGUUAUCCACUUGUAUGGGAGCAAUAUCUCCAUUCGCCAAUCAACAGCUAGGGUGAUAUCUCGAUUCGUCUCUGCGUUGCGCAUGCCUGUUUAAACACAGCUCUAGCGGCAGGGUUCAUUGCUUGUAAAAGUGGCACGAGCAAUUCUAGUAUUAAUUUGAC